UUCAGUGCCGCGACACGCUCUCAGACGCCAUGGGGAUCUACCGCGCAUUGACGGUGACUGUCCUGGGCCUCGUAAUUUGUGCCAGCCUAGCAUCAGCUGGACAUCUCGUCGCCUACGCACCCACCUACGUGAAGCCCGCCAACUAUGCGCACCAGGCCUACCGGUUCAACUACGGCGUGCGUGACCUCAGCACGGGAGACCUCAAGUCCCAGUGGGAGGCUCGUGAGGGAGGCAUUGUCAAGGGCAGCUACAGCGUGCUGGACGCCGACGGGUCGGUGCGCACCGUGAGCUACACGGCGGACGACGUGAACGGCUUCAACGCGGUGGUCACCAAGUCGAACCCCGGCGCGCACCCGCCCGCGGUGCCUCCUGUGCUCGUGCAGAAGCCUGUCGUCGUGGCCAAACCCCUGCCGCCCCCCGUGGUGGUCGUCACGCGGCCGCCCCCGCCGCCACCCACUACGGUGCUCGUCACCCCCAGGCCGCAGCCGCCCGUCAUAGUGAGUGUGGCGAAGCCCGUGCUGCCAGCAUAUGUGCCGCGGCCGACCGUCGUCGUGCCCGCUGCGCAGCGGCCGUCGCUGACCAAUCAGGGGCCGGUGCUCUUCCCACCGAACGCUGAGGACGCGCAGCAGCAGCCGGCGCGCCCUGCCGGCGUCAGCUCGGCGCAGCAGCAGCAGCUGCUCUUGCAGCAGCUGUACGAACAGCAGCAGCAGCAACAGCAGCAGCAGUACCCACAGCAGAGCUACGGAUACGGCUACAGUGCCUACUGAGGACUCUCUGACCUGACCACCGCUGCUGACGUACACCAUGACUGGCUUUGACUACCUACUCUGCUCCCUUGACACCUGCUGCUACUGCUAUAACUGUGUGACUUUCAGCAACAGGUCCCCUACUAGCCUCCACUGGACUUAGGAGGGGUACAUAUGACCAUAAUAACGACUGAGGAUUCUGCAGAGAAGCAGAAAUGCUAGACACAACAGUACAACGAAAUCAUCCGUCAGCUGUCCAUGCGUUAUCCAACCUCCCUUUCUCUCACUAAACUAACUUCACUCAUUCCACAAUCCCUGCACCCGGAGAUGUCGACAGCAGACCUUUAGGCACCUGUGUUACAGCCUCGCCUAAACUACUAACACUGCCCCAUUUACCAAAUUGACGGUGUGAUGGUUGAUAUCUGUCUGAAGGACUACUCGUGUUGCACAUGUACACAGGACACUUUUAUUUUACCGUUCCUGUCUGCCCUCUGACAUCAGACAUCUUGUGGCGCACCCAUAUUAAACACCUAAAGCCUGUGAAUCAGACCACCAAUUAAUUCUGUCUGUUCUUCAGUGCUUCUUCUCAGCUUAGUUCAUUUUUCUUCUAGUGAUCUGAAAUCGUUGAUGAAUUGUUGAAACAGCUCACAAAAGUUGCUCACUAGCAUGUCCUAAGCCCAUAAUCAGUGAUGUGAAAUUGUUGAUGAAUUGUUGAAACAGCUCACAAAAUUUAUUUACUAGCGUACUCCAUGCUGAGAGCUACACCAAACGUACUGUGUGGCGAAAUAAAUCAAGGUAUUAACGCAAUUCUACAUUUAGCUGUACAAAUAGGCGAACUGUCAUCUUCAUUUCAGUUCGCCAGCAUCAUUAAUCUUCCACACUACCUGCUUCGCUCUCAAAGAGAUAUUUUGAGUGAGUACGCUUAUUAAAUUUCCUGCAGCCAAACUCUAGAUUCACAAUCUAGAUUCACAAUCUAGAUUUCUCCAGCAGAACUAAUAUUUCCCCCCAGAUCACAUCUAUCACAAAUUGGUUACCACAGGAUUGAAAACUGAUGUCAGCAGAUCACCUCUUACGAAUUUGGAUCAGUCAUUAUUCAAGGUUCACAUGUAACAACACAGAUAUUUCGAAAUUAUUGAUAGGUUUAGAAAAUUUCUCAAUCAGCGGGAGAGCUGUGUGACUAAAUUACCUUAAGGACACAGACGAUAUGUUUUAGGUCAAAACUUAAGAAUGUACAAUACAAUGAAACAAUCAGGUCGUGUACACGUGUUUAUUCUCACAAGAUCCAACGAUAAGCCACUUGCUUCUCCGUAGUGGUUAGCUGCACCAGCUUCCCGAAACAAUCUGGACUUAUUGUUCGUUUACAGGCGGCAGUGGGCUGUGUCACAAUCAGCUAUAUAUGUGUGUCUGAAAUCCAUAUAAUGAUAGAUUCAGAAACGGAAGUAGAAAUCAAUGGUGAGCCAACUUAUAACGUCACACAGUAAGAGAGUUUCCUUGCCUGACAAUAUAAGCUUGUAACUAUCCCUUACCCAGAAAGAAAAGUUUCCUAUCCGACAAUGGACUUUUCACCAGAGGACAUAUUCAGAGCUUCACAUUCGGCCUUUUUAUCAGUGCAUAUUAUACGUCCAAGAAGAACAUGUUGCUGCAAUGAAAGCAGUUCGAGACAGCAUGGGCAUUAAUCAGCUGCUGUUCCAUUCAAACUAUUAACUUAACACUCUCCACAUUGACAGCUGACGUACAUCACUCAAAAGACAUUUGUAAUCGUCGCCAAAGACGACAGUGAAGAAAGCAUCUUCUUCACAGUCAUCUCCAUCAUGUGCAAUAUUAACAAAUGUGCUACUCAUGGAAA